CUUUCCUGGCUUGACAGCUGUCACUGUACGCCGAGGUCAAGGGGAAAGAAGCAUGGCUGCGUUGUUUAGAGGGUCACGAAAUUUAUUGUUAAGGUGGAAUAAGCAUGUCAACCUUGCCUCUGUGUCAACGCGAUCAAUGGCCUCAAAAACACCAGUGGGGUUUAUUGGCCUGGGAAACAUGGGCAGUCCCAUGGCCAGAAACUUGUUAAAAAACGGUUAUCCUGUUAUUGCCACUGAUGUCUUCCCUGAGUCCUGCAAAGAGCUGCAGGACCUGGGUGCCCAGGUAGUGGACUCCCCGUCAGAGGUGGCAGAGAAAGCAGACCGCAUCAUUACAAUGCUGCCGUCAAGUCCCAAUGUCAUAGAGGUCUACACAGGCCCAAAUGGCAUCCUCAAAAAGGUGAAGAAGGGAACACUGUUGAUUGACUCCUCCACCAUUGACCCUGCAGUUUCAAAAGAGAUGGCAGUCGCUGCAGAGAAGAUGGGUGCUGUGUUCAUGGAUGCUCCAGUGUCAGGAGGUGUCGGGGCUGCCAGCUUGGCCAAACUGACCUUCAUGGUAGGUGGAGUAGAGGAGGAAUACAACGCUGCACAGGAGCUGCUCACCUGCAUGGGUGCCAAUGUUGUCUACUGUGGACAGGUUGGCACUGGACAGGCAGCAAAGAUCUGCAACAACAUGCUGCUGGCCAUCGGGAUGAUUGGGACCGCAGAGACCAUGAACCUUGGCAUUAGACUGGGUUUGGAUCCGAAGCUGCUGGCGAAGAUCCUCAACAUGUCUUCAGGUCGUUGCUGGUCCAGCGACACGUACAACCCAGUCCCCGGGGUCAUGGAGGGAGUCCCCUCUGCCAACAACUACCAGGGCGGCUUUGGAACCACACUAAUGGCAAAGGAUCUUGGUUUGGCCCAAACCACUGCCACCAACACUAAGACACCCAUCCCUCUGGGUUCCCUCGCCCACCAGAUCUUCCGAGUCAUGUGCUCCCGCGGCUACGCUAACAAGGACUUCUCAUCUGUCUUCCAAUUCCUUCGCGAGGAGGAAGGACAGUGAAUGUAGGGGGAGCACAGCUGACUGUGAUUUUACCAUACAUACACACACAUACACACACACACACACCACAACCACACACCCCAGUGCCCCUUAUCCCACUAUGCUCAGGAGAGACUAAGGCCUUGCUCUCAGGCACAGACCUGCGGUCCAAUUAACAUACUGUAUGUCGACACGUGUCCCCUCAUCGCAUUAGCUGAAUCAUAUUUUCAAUUCAUGGCGCUCCCUCUGCAUGCGGGGAAAUGCUAAAACUGACCUUAGAUCAGUAUCUAGAGACAAAGCAACUCUCUUCCCAGUCUGGUCUGAUAGGCCAGAGCUGGGAAAAUGAGAGGUAGGAUGAAGCGCUGCAGGUUUACAUGUAACUCUGCAUGUAAGUAUGUAUUUCAGGAUGAUUGAUGAGUAAUAAUUUCAUAAAUGUUAAAAGUUGUAUGUUGUUGUCAGGUUUGUGCUUUUUGCCUACUACCCAAAUAACCUGGAUGUGUCCCUGUUAAAUGAUAGAGGACAAAAAAUUAAGAAAAAAAAAACAGAAGCAAGAUACAAUAAAGAGUCACAUAGUGGUGGAAAUGUUUUUGAAGAGGCAGUGCAUAACAGGUUUGGGUGAUACUUUCGCUGGUGGAAAAAAAAAGUCCUACAUUCUCAGUACUAUAUUUAAGGUAACCAAAACUGGCAAGACUAUAGGCUCAAAGUUUACUCGUUUUGUUACAUCUCUUUGUUUCUGGCAGGAAGGUGGUGUCAGUCACUUUGGUGCCUCUUGAGACUUCCUGCCAGCGUGCAUACUUGUUCAUUUCAUUGUUCAGUCAUCCAGUUAUUAUUUUUAGCAUGUGAAUACACUAACGUUACAGUAGUUUCAGGUCUUUGGUACUACAUUUAAGUCUCACUGGAUCGACCAGUUCUGUUCUACUAUACUUUGAGAUAAAUAUCUGGUUAUUUUUGCACUGUGUGCAUCGCAGUGCGAUGUGCUGGGCUAUUUUGAUACAAUUACAGAAUCUCUUUGAAAUGACCUCUCUUCUUUACUGUCUACAUCUGCUUAUUGAGCCACUGGAGUAUUAUUUUGUGACCAACACUGUUUAAAUUUUAUACUGUUCACUACAAAAUAUUGUUCUCUUUGUUUAGCACUUUCUCUUGCCCAUUUUUACUUUAAUUAAAGUCUGUCCUUGCAUAUUUCUCCUCUCUCUCAGUGUGUAUGACCCAUGUGUAAAAUGUCGGUGAGGAAAGGUUCCUCCUUGCCAUGAGCAAAUGUACAUAAUGUAUAUUUCACAUUGUUGUGUAGUAUUGAAGAGGAAUCUUAAAGAAAUAAUGUUUUUUUUUUUUUUUUUUUAGUAAAAUCCAUUAAUAGUGUCUACAGUUUGUCUUUGCUCUGUGAAACAGAUCCUCAGUCAUACUGUAGCCUAAAAUAAAAGAUGUUCUGUGUA